AUGGUCAAAGAUAAUGAGUCAGUGCAAAAGGUUGUGGAAGUCCAAGAUCAGUCCAAUAAUGAGCAGGUUAAAUCCAAAGAUAAAAAUGAGAUAGAGUUGAUUUCAGAAAAGGAAGUAUCCAAAGAAGGGAAGCUCACUGAUCAAACAGAUGACGACAAUAAUGAUAUCAUAACAACAGUAAUCAGUGAAAACGAUGAAGAAGUGGAUGCUGCACAACAGGAGAUGGAUGAUGACUCACCAGAUGAAAUUACUAAGGGAGGAGAUAUGAGUACUAAUGAUAAGACUAAUGCACAUCCCACUGAAGAAGGGAUACUAAAAGAGGUGAACAUAGCAGAAGAAUGA